CAGUCAUGAAAGUGGUACCUAGAAGAGAAGCCACUGCGGCCUGACCUGAAUUUCUCUAGUGCAAGGUGUAGUAUAGAACUGUAGAUCGAUCAUGGGCAUCUUCCCGAUGAUGUUCUAUCUAUUGGUACUUGAGUCACUAGGACAACCAACUGCUCUAGCAUCUGGAGUUGUAACAAGCCAGCAGAGCCCUGAAGGAAACUCGGCGCAACCAUCACUCGAUGGUUGCCCAACGAGCUGUGGCAACGUGAGCUUUGCCUAUCCUUUCGGCAUCGGAUCCAGGUGCUCCCGUGGGCCUGACUUCAACCUCAUUUGCAACCACACUGCUCAUCGACCGAGGCUCUUCUUGUGCGACGGCAUCACCGAGGUGAUCGAAUUUAGCAAUACUGAUUCAUUUAAUUCAAUCUGGGCCUCCUUCUCGCAUACCAUCCCCAUGCAUCCUGGUGAGAGUGUCUACAACUUUUCUUUGAACUCACCUGGGAGGUCCUUCUCCCUUGAGUCUAUUGUUCUAAACAUUACAAGCUGUGACCUGGAGGUAUACUUUGUUGGAGACGAUGCUACCACGUUAAAAUGCAGCACUGUGUGUCUGGAUCCAAGAACCCCAGAGAUGGUGGCUAUGCACUACUGUAAAAAUACAUCCGGAUGCUGUCGUAUUCAUCUGAACCUUAAAGGCAGUUUUCAGUUCAAAUUUGUCUUCAACCACAGCAAAAGCAUCAUUGGCGCACACUCCAACCAAACCUCUCAACUGUGGGAUAGAAUCAACAUAACUAGUGAUGGGCCGGGUGGCUUUAUGCUAAUGUGGCAGAUAGUUGAGCCAUCCAACUGCGAUGCUGCCAAGCAAAACAGGACAAGCUAUGCCUGUAUGAGCGAGUAUGCCGAGUGCAACGACCGUACACCCAGUUAUUGUCUCGUUGAAGAUGCCGCGUGCAUUGAUGGAAGCAAUGGCUACAGCUGCACGUGCAGGACUAACUAUGCAGGCAAUCCCUACAUUCAAGAUGGUUGCUUCAAUGAUAUAGGAUAUAAUCCAAUUCCGAGCAGGGCUAAUUGUACACGUUCCUGUGGUAACAUUAGUGUGCAAUUCCCGUUCGGCUUCGAAGAGGGUUGCUUUGCCAGGGAAGAGUUUCACCUCAACUGCAUAAGUACGACAUCAUCAGCUGCCCUGGUCAUGUUGGACUUGUGGGAGAAACAGGUCAUUGACAUAAGUGUCGACGAAGGGACCAUUAAUGUCACCAUUCCUGACCAAAAUUCUGCGAACUCCCUGUUUAUAUUACAGCCUAACAGUCUUUUUUCUACAUAUGGGUUAUUUUUCUCUAUGAACUGGGUUGCUGCUAAUCUAAGUUGCGCAGAGGCCCAACAGGAUAAAUCUGGAUAUGCUUGUGUGAGUACGAACAGCAAGUGUAUGGGAGUAAGUGCUGAAGGAGUCUAUGCUGGUUACCGUUGCAAAUGCUCAGAUGGCUUCCAAGGAAAUCCAUACAUCAAAACCGGUUGUCAAGAUAUUAAUGAAUGCCUUCAACCGAGCAAUUGUAACGGGACAUGCCAUAAUAACAGAGGAAGCUUUAGUUGUACUGAAUGUCCUCCCAAGACUAAGUAUGAUUCAUUAAAAAUGCAGUGUACUAAGAGGCAACAACCUCUGCUCUUAGGUAUAAUAAUUGGGUUAUCAUGUGGUUUGGGUGUCCUACUUCUGAGCUUCAGUGUAGUGCUUCUCACUCGUAGAUGGAAAAUAAGCGUUCAAAAGCAACUACGGAAGAACUAUUUCCGAAAGAACCAAGGUCUUCUCCUAGAAACAUUGAUAUCAUCUGAUGAAAGUGCAAAUGAUAAUACAAAGAUUUUCUCGUUAGAAGAGCUAGAGAAGGCAACAAACAACUUUGACCCUGCACGUAUCAUCGGACGUGGGGGGCAUGGCAUGGUUUACAAAGGCAUAUUGUCUGAUCAACGUGUUGUUGCAGUAAAAAAGUCUAAGGUCAUUGAGCAGUCCGAGAUCAGUCAAUUUAUCAAUGAGGUUGCAGUCCUCACCCAGAUAAAUCACAGAAAUAUUGUGAAGCUCUUUGGAUGUUGUCUCGAAACUGAGGUUCCACUGCUAGUGUAUGAUUAUGUAUCUAGUGGUUCACUAUCUGAAGCUCUUCAUGCAGAUACAAGUAACGAUUUUUCUUUGUCUUGGGGUGAUUACUUAAGGAUUGCCCUGGAAACAGCAGGAGCUCUAUCUUAUCUCCAUUCUUCAGCUUCAAUAUCAAUCUUCCAUCGUGACGUGAAGUCCUCCAAGAUACUCUUGGAUGGGAAUUACACAGCUAAAGUGUCAGAUUUUGGUGCAUCCAGAUUGGUUCCGAUCGAUCAAACGCACAUUGUCACGAAUGUGCAGGGUACAUUUGGGUACUUAGACCCAGAGUAUUUCCAUACCAGGCAGCUGAAUGGGAAGAGCGACGUGUACAGUUUUGGUGUGGUACUGGUGGAGUUGCUUCUCAGAAAGAAGCCUGUUUUUACAAGUGAAUCAGGCACCAUCAUGGGCUUGUCAAGCUAUUUUCUCCAGGAGUACAGUGAGGGGAGAAUCACUGGUACUGUUUGUUCCCAGGUCCUGGAGGAGGCAACUGAGGAAGAGAUCAACGGUGUCGCCUCUCUUGCAGAGAGGUGCUUAAGACUGCAUGGCGAGGAAAGACCCACCAUGAAACAGGUGGAGACGGAACUGCAGACUCUACGCGCAAAACAGAUGGAAUCAUCUCAGGCAGAUCCGAGGAAUGGAGAACAGAUGCAACCAAGGUCGUUAACUCAAAGAAGUAGAUCUGCUCGGCAAUUGUAUGCACAGCCUGGAGGUAGCCAACGACACUAUAGCUUGGAGGCAGAGUUCUUGUCAUCUGCUAGCCUACCACGCUAGAUGAGGCUAUUGAGCUUAUUAAUAAUGGAUAAUUUAUUUCCCUCUUUUGUGAACUAUUGCUAGAACCUGUAUUACAGGCUAGUUAGGUUGGUACUGUAAUAAGUCAUGAUUUCAGGCAUCAUGAUUGUAUCAGUUCUCGGUUGGAAUUAUGCUUGCUGAUAUAUGUAGACUGAAUUUUGUUACCCUAGAAGAGAUGUAGUGGAUUGUAUUAGCAAUGUUUUGGCACUCA